GUAGAGACUGGGAGGUUGCUGCAAUCGUGGGAUACAGGGGCACCUGCGUGCCCAGCUGCUCCCUACCAUCGGUUUUUAUCCCCGCGAGGAGUCAUUGGUUUUUUCGUAAGCGGAGGAACGUGUUAUCGAGAGGAACGAAGGGAAAGUUCUGGCCGCGGCUGGACAGUCCCCGCCAACCAGCUCUCGCGAGAUUCAGCGUAGGGUGCUACGAAACAAGGUGAACGGGUUUCCGUGCGCAUUGUGUGGACAGUUCGCCGAUCCGAGUGCAGUUUUUUAUCUAAUUUGCACACCGCCCCGGUUCUUUCUGUCCACCGGUGGUUCCACCGUGGGGGGCACGGCGAGCGCUCGUUCGCAUUCUUCCUCGUGCUUGCCUCAGCGGUUUUCGGUGCUGACACAGUCUCCGUCGAUCGGUGGGAUCGCGGCAAUCGAGCAUCGAUCGCGUUCGAACGCGAUUAUGAGUCGCGGUGCACGCCAGACAAUCCUUCUUCCCCGUUUAGAAUAGAAUCUCGUAACUAUUUCCCACUGUGGCGAUCCGGGGUACCAAAGUGAUCGUGAAAACUGGGAUAUUGAGUUCUUCGAGCGUCCCAAAACGUGUCUCUGAGAAAUGCCUGCGAUAAAACUUUUUGGAAGAAAAUGGCUGGCUGCGACCGAUGAUCUAGUGUAUCCGGGUCUGUUUGAAAUUUUCAUUCGAACCGUGUGGUUAAUUCUUAUUGGAAGUGCUUGCGGUAGAUAUUACCAGUACACAUGGAGUUGUCGAUUAGGCGGCGAAUUGGUUCGCGUGUACCUUUUGGGACAAGUUGCGUUCCUCGCUGUAACAAUACUUUUUAUGCUGAUCAUUGUUAGGCACAGCGCGAAAGGAUCUAUCAUGGAAACGCGCGCUCGUAAAUUCGUCGAACCACUCCUGACAGUCAAGAUAUUACUGCUUCUACCCGAGAUAUUCUGGAACGUUUUAGGGAGCUUAUGGAUGUUCGGGGAUAGGGUCGAGUGCGGUUACGAUCACUACACGACCACCGUCGUCCAAGCUCUGGUGCUUUUCGACUGGAUCCUCAUAGGUCUCACUAUCUUCGGUCUAGCGUUGAUCUUCGACCCUCUGGGCUCCUUGGCCGACAAAGAUCUGGACACGUUAGCCGAGCAUACGAAAGUUUCGGGCAUGUGGCUACGCAGAAUGAAGUUCCUCUGGUGGCUGCGCAAAGACGAGAAAGCUGACGAAACUCUUCAACAUUGCGCUGAUAUAAUAGGCGCUCUAUUCCGCGGAACGGACUUGGUGCCCUCGGAUGUAAUGGCGGGCUGCAUUCUAUUAAGAAUUCAACAGAAGCGUGAAACUCACGAAUUGCGACGUUUGAAUCUCCUCGUUCGUCCACGAUACACUAACGAUUUAUCUGCCAUUAUGUCAGACGCGCCUAGUUGGAUGUCUUUAGAGGACGCGCUUCAUUACGUAAAACUUUCAAUAGCUUCUUACGGAUGGUUAAUCGCCAUUUACACGUACACGUGUACCGGAUAUUUCCGCCUUAUACACAAUCUGACCUACUGCACUUGCUUUCGAAGAAAACGUACCGCAAUUACCGGCGACAAUUGUUGCUAUUGCUAUUUAGCAGGCGUGAAAGUUUUAUCGGACUUGUCCACGGACGAUAUCAUAUACGCAUCGUUCAAAAAUCGUUUGUGCGAGGUACCAUUCUUUGUAAUAGACGAUCAUAAGACUAACAGUAUCGUCAUUACUAUACGAGGUUCGCUAUCGUUACGUGAUCUGAUCACAGAUUUUACAGCGGAUUCCGUCAUUUUUGAAUGCGAAGGUCUUCCACCAGGAUCAAUGGCGCACAGAGCAAUGCUAAUCGGUGCAAAGAUAAUUCUAAAAGAGUUGGACGAUAACAAAAUUUUAGAGCACGCGUUCACUAUGAAUCCUCGUUAUAAUUUAAUACUUACAGGCCAUAGCCUAGGUGCCGGAUUAGCCAUUCUCUUGGGAUUUUUGCUGCGACCUCGGUACCCUAAUCUAAAGGUCUAUGCAUUCUCCACGCCAGCGGGCCUCGUCUCCCGAGAAGUUGCUAAAAUAACGGAAGAAUUUGUGGUAACGAUAGGACUUGGAAAUGACUUAGUAAUGAGGCUAAGCGUUCACUCUAUAGAAAAUUUGAGAACAUCUAUGCUCAUGAGACUCCGUGCCUGCCGGCUGCCCAAGUAUAGAGUGGUCUUAAAUGGAUUGGGCUAUAUGUUAUUUGGCAUUCCUGAAAAUGAUCUAAACAAGACCUGGUCCAACUGCAACGUGAUCACCACAUCGGUGGGAAGAUCGCCUUUGCUCAAUGAACGAAACGAGUCGAGGAUAGAAGAAAAUAAUAUAUAUGAGAGAGACUUUGCGAAAAGAAGGAUCACGAAUGUGCAAUUGUAUACAGCAGGCAAAAUACUUCACAUAGUGAGACGCAAGCCUGAGAGAAAACAGUCAGAAGGAAAUAGCAAGAAACAACGAGCGAAGGACAAAAAAUACGAGAUGCGAUGGGCACAGGCGGAAGAAUUUAGGGAAUUGACUGUUAAGCCGCGAAUGCUGCUGGAUCAUUUGCCGGAUCGUUUGGAUCGAGUACUAACGAAUAUACUCGCGGAACAAAAUAACGUACCACACUAUUUAAAUCCCUGACAUAAUCCAAAGAUACGAUUUUCCAAUUGUGAUAACGAAGAAAUGAUAAAAACUAGAUACAGAAAACUUUCAAAUUGAGUAGAAAACUCAUUUUCGUUGUAAAUCAAGUUGUCAGAAGCGACAAGACUGUUUACAAACUUGUUACAAUUGAUCUGCGUGCCUUCGUACGAAAGAAUGAAAAUAUUUUUAUUCCAUCAUGGCGUCGGAGUUAUAAAUUUUAUUUUCGAAAACGAUACUAUGGUUAUUUAUAUCAAUUCUCGGAAAAGAACGAAAUAAAAAUUAUACUUCAGUAUUA